AUGACGGGUCACACCAGAAAGCACAAGGUCGCCGUGGUCGGCUCAGGAAACUGGGGCUCGACCAUCGCCAAGAUCAUCGCUGAAAACACCAACGAACACCUCGACCUCUUCGAAAAGGAGGUGCGCAUGUGGGUCUUCGACGAAGACAUUGAAAUCCCGGAGUCCUCCAAGCACCACAGCAAGCUAGGCGGCCAGAAGCGCAAACUCACCGAGGUGAUCAACCAAGUCCACGAGAACGUGAAAUACCUGCCAGACAUCGCCCUGCCAGACAAUGUGGUGGCGGACCCAGACCUCAAGUCCACCGUCAAGGAUGCCACGCUGCUCGUCUUCAACCUGCCGCACCAGUUCAUCGGCAAGACGCUGGACGGGAUCGCGGGCCACAUCCUGCCGUACGCGCGCGCCGUCUCCUGCAUCAAGGGGGUGGAUGUCUCCGACGGGACGGUGACGCUGCACUCGGAGCUGAUCAUGGAGCGGCUGGGGAUCUACUGCGGGGCGCUGUCGGGGGCCAACAUCGCGCCCGAGGUCGCGGCGGAGAAGUUCUGCGAGACGACGAUCGGCUACGACGUGCCGCCGAUGGAUCUAAAGGAGCAGGAUGACUCGGCGGAGGCCAACCUGAUCAAGAUCGACGAGCAGCGGCAGUGCAAGGCGAAGCCGACGCACGUCCGGCUCACCCCCGUGCCGCCGGAGCUGCCGCACGUCGACGCCGAGCUGCUGGAGACGCUGUUCGCGCGGCCCUACUUCCAUGUUCACCACGUGCGCGACGUCGCUGGCGUGGCGCUCGGCGGCGCGCUGAAGAACAUCAUUGCCCUCGCGUCGGGCUUCGUCGCCGGCAAGGGCUGGGGCGAGAAUGCCAAGGCCGCCAUCAUGCGCGUCGGCGUCCUCGAGAUGGUCAAGUUCGGCCGGACCUGGUUCCCCAAGUCCGUCGAGGAGCGCACCUUCACCGAGGAGAGCGCCGGCAUGGCCGAUCUGGUCUCCUCCUGCAACGCCGGUCGGAACUACCGGUCGGCCUGCCACGCAGUGGAGCAGGGGGUCAGUGUCAAGGAAAUCGAGGAGAAGGAGCUCAAUGGACAGAAGCUGCAGGGCACGUCCACCGCGUACGAUAUCUAUGAGUUUCUCGAGAAGCAGGGCAAGCUCAAGGAAUUCCCCUUGUUUGUCGCAGUUCACGAUAUCCUUGAAGGCACUGCUAAGGUGGAAGAUCUUCCAGCAUUGAUUGGGGGAAGAAAGAAGAUCGAAGGCUAG